CCUGGGGCUACCUCGCGGGUGGGCGAGGCCGGGGUUCGGGCGAGCGGUAAGAUGGCGCUGCGGCCUAUGUGAACCGAGCUUGCCCGCCCCGGCUUCGUGAGCAUUUUCUCAGGAAUUUUAGCUGAAGCAGGAAGAUAGUAGAUGUACCAUUCUAUCCCCUUGAAAUACAGGAAUUGAGUUGCAGUGGUGGUGGAAGGAAGGUGGGAGUCAGUCAUUUUGACACCUCCUGAAAGGAACAUCCAGCAGGAGCUGAAACCUACUUCCAAUUGGUCUCGUGGCAGAGGCAGAGAGAUUGUUGAUUGCUUCAGCAGUUCCACACAGCAUGACCUGCUCUCUAGAGUCCUCUGGUGGUUUUGAUGGCUCAGGGUCUGAGCAGACUAAAAUCACCUCUCUCCUACCUAAAGACAGUGCUCCAGCCUCAUCCUGGGGUAGGUAUGCACAGGAUGGAGAUGGACUAGAUGACGCCUUACUGGAGCUCUCUGAGGGAGAAGAGGACGAUGGUCACUUCAGUUACACAGAAGAAGAGAUUGAGGAACUCUUGAAGGAUGAUGACUCACUGAAUGAACAGCCUCUGGGAGGAUUACCAAAAAAUGCAGGUGGUGAAACUGAGAAGUUGGGCAGCUAUAGUUGCGCUUCGUUUGGCUGUCCCCAAGAUAUAAAUGUACUCUGCAGUUUGGGACCCAGGGCUGGGCCAGCUAGCGUCUAUAAACUACCUCAGAGAAAUACCCCAGCUAGUCACGUACCCACUCUAACCCAGUCACCUAGCAGACACUUGGUAUCAGAAAAAAAUCUCUUGAAAAUAACUGUUGUCCCACCCUUUAAUACAACGGUUUGUGAUGAUGUGCUUGGUCCAAAGAAGACUGAGUUUUCUUCCAAAGAUGGAUCCACUAAUGCAAACUGUUUGGGAACUCCCUCCUUCCUGGAGGAGGAUGUGAGUAAAGAAGACCCUGGCCAGGACGAUGGCAGACUUUGCACUAAAGAAAUCAGUUCCACUUAUUCUGUCUGGAAUGGACCCCAGCCCUGUAAAGCUGGCCCUCAGCAGGGGGUUCCUAGAGCAGGUGAUCCUUGUUGUGAGGAGUCUGUACCCCUGGUUUCUCCUACCAUGGAACAGCCUCGUAGACCAGAGGUGGCACUGUCUUCAGGGAAUGGAGGACACAGGUUAGGUGACACAUCUAGGUUUCCAGCUGUUCAGUUGACCAAACCGGUCAGACUAGACACAAAUUCUGAGAAGAGGGAAGGGUGUGAGAGAAGAUUAGGUAAAGUCAUGCCAUGUCUACAAGCCAAAGCAAGGAGUAAGAUUCAGAUAUUUUCGAAAAUUGAACUGGAAGAGAAGAAGCAAAUUUAUCUUAAGAAUGUUAUUGCUCACUUAAAAAACCCUCUGGAAUCUAACCAAGGUACCUUAGCUGAGUUAUAUGCCUUGAUGGACCAAGUUGCUAAUGUGGAAUAUCAAAUGCAGAACCAGCGGUGGCAGCACCCGUCAGACCUCACCAUGAGAAACUACCCUCGAUUCAGACAGAAGCCCCUACAGAGGUACAGCCUGACUCAGUGGGUGGACAGGAACCUGAGAAGCCAUCGUCGGUUCCAAGGCCUUGCUGAUCAGUUCCAGCACAAGCACACGUCACUUGUCUCAUCCCCCCACCUAUGAAGGAGCUGCCCUAAACCAUCCACCCCAUCAGUACUCAGAGCAAUUUUUGUUCCUUUCUGUUUGCUUUGGAGAUAUCUGAAUAAUUUUAUUUUAAUGAGACUUUUUUUUUUAAAGGUCUUGUCACCUUUUGUAAGUGCCCAUUCGUAGACUUCAUCUAUUUUAUAUGAGGUCCUUUUUACUUUCUUUAGCCAUAGUAAGGUGGUGUGUUAUUGUGUAUUUUUAAGAAUUUAUUUUGGAUCAAAGCCAGCUGUCUCUGAAGAUCUUGUAUCUGACCAAAACACUCAGCCUAAAGCAGAGUGACCUCUUACCCUGCAGAGUAGAGAGCCACUUGUGUCUAGAAAAGAUCUUCUUAGAUCUUUUAAAGGUGGCAGUACCAGCCCACAAGGAAGGGUAUAUUAGCUUUAGUUACUCUGCAACUAACAGACUGGAUCAGUUUUUAAUUUUUGAACUCAAAAUACCUAUCAGUAUUUUGUAUGUGAGUAAACCCAGGGCAUUUGAAUCGAAUAAAGUAAGGCAGAAGUUCUAUGGAAAGGACAUGAUAGAGUGAAUGUAUGAGCUCCACACCCCUUCCCCCCUUUCUGUACUAUUGUCUUACGGCUUUUCAUUCCUCAUUAAACAAUUUCAUUUUGCUUGCCA